ACCGAGACAAGUUAUUCAGGGAGGAAUUAAAGUCAUUCUUCAGCAAACUUUUGGUCUAGGGUGGGAGGGGGAGUCCUCUGACAAUCAGGGGCUGGGGGACAUGGUACGACGGUGCGAUAAGCUCGGAGGAUCAGCCUCUCAUCUCCUAGCGCCCAAGGCUACCACAGGAGCACAAGGGAACCACAGGAGAAGGGAGGAUUUCGUGGUCCCGGGUGCUUCCUCUUGAAUCCAACCCACGGGGACCAGGAGGUGAGCAAGGGGUCGCAUAUUGGGCCUAGAGUUGUCUGCAGAAGGAGCAGCACUAUCGCGAGACUUCCGGAAACAGCUGCAUGGCGCCUGCGGACGCAGUUACCCUGGCAACCGGGCGGCGCCUGAGCGCGCGGGAAGAAGGCUUAAGUAGAGAGGUCUGGCCUGCUUGCUCUGGGAGACUUGAUGAGUGACCCACCUCAGACUUCCAACCUCAAAAACCACGGCCUCCGCUCUGGGUCCCUGAGGCCAUGGGUCGGAUCUCCGGGCUCGUGCCCUCUCGGUUCCUGACGCUCUUGGCUCAUCUGGUGGUUGUCAUCACUUUGUUCUGGUCCCGGGAAAGCAACAUCCAGGCUUGCCUGCCUCUCAAGUUCACCCCCGAGGAAUAUGAGAAGCAGGACAACCAGCUGGUGGCAGCGCUCUGUCUCACCCUGGGCCUCUUUGCAGUGGAGCUGGCUGGCUUCCUCUCAGGAGUCUCCAUGUUCAAUAGCACCCAGAGCCUCCUCUCCAUUGCAGCCCACUGUAGCGCGUCUGUAGCCCUCUCUUUCUUCAUAUUCGAGCGAUGGGAAUGUACCACGUACUGGUACAUUUUUGCCUUCUGCAGCGCCUUCCCAGCUGUCACUGAAACUGCAUUAUUCAUCGCUGUCUUUGGGCUGAAAAAGAAACCCUUCUGAUCACAACCCAGAUGUAGGGACCAAGGCUGGAAAAGUGAUGAGCUGUCUCCCAUUGCUGGAAGAAGAAAGACAGAGGCUUCAGUUUUCUCUCGCCCUGGUCUUUUGCUCCUCCCAACUGCGGCUAAGCAGAGGAUGGCAGUGUUGGGAUAAGAUCCCUCAAAUCUUGGGUUAUAAUUUUAUAGAGUUUUGUAAUAAAAUUCAUUUUAUA